UAUAACCCACCGUAGACAAGCAGCAUCACGCAGUUUUCAACGAAGUCGCAUCAAACAAUCAUGUCCGCGUUGUUACUGAUACUGGCGCUAACGCCACUGUUACUAGCCAUAAUCUACAUCAAACAAAAGUACACCUACUGGGCUCGCCGGAAUGUUCCGUUUCUGAAACCGCGCUUCCCGUACGGAAACUUCCACGCACUGGACCGGAAAUCCAUCGCCGACGUAUCCCGCGAGGCCUACGAGCAGAUGAAGGACUUCGGAUCGUUCUAUGGGGCGUACUUCUUUCUGCAACCGCUGAUAACCAUCACCGAUCCGGAUCUGAUUAAGCUGGUGUUCAUUAAAGAUUUCAACUUCUUUCCGGAUCGGGGCAUGUACUUCAACGAACGGGAUGAUCCCCUGUCGGCGCACAUGUUCGCCAUCGAGGGUAACAAGUGGCGAUCGCUGAGGCAGCGACUUUCGCCGACGUUCACUUCCGGUAAGAUGAAGAUGAUGUUCCCGACAUUGGCUGCGGUUGGAGAAAAUUUUUCGGAAUUUUUGAUUGAGGAAAUCGGCGGUGGGAAGGUAGUGGAAGUGAAAGACUUUAUGGCGAAGCUUACGACCGAUAUCAUCGGAAGUUGUGCAUUUGGAAUCGAGUGUAACAGUUUCAAGGACCCGCAGGGCAGAUUCAGGCAGUUUGGAAAGAAGGUGUUUGAAACUCCACCACAUGGAUCGCUGGUUAGGCUGGCGCUGAAAUCAUUCCCGGAUAUUGCUCGGCGGCUACGGAUCAAAGCUUUACAUGAAGACGCGAGUCAGUUUUUCUAUGAUGUUGUGAGAGAUACAGUGAAUUACAGGGAGAAAAGUGGCGUAGAAAGGAAGGACUUUCUAAGUUUACUGAUCGACAUGAAGAAGGAUGGCGUAGAUUUUACCAUGGACGAGAUUGCAGCCAAUUCGUUCAUCUUCUUUGGUGCCGGAUUUGAAACGUCUUCUUCGAACCAGACCUUCUGUUUGUACGAGUUGGCGCGGCAUCCUGAUUAUCAAGAAAAGGCUCGCCAAAAUGUUCUGGAUGCUUUGCGGAAACACGGAGGAAUGACCUAUGAAGCCGCUUGUGAUAUGCAGUAUUUGGAUCAGUGCAUAAAUGAAACACUGCGACUGUACCCAUCUGUUCCAGUUCUCGAACGAAGGGCCUUCCAGGACUACAAAAUUCCCGGUCAUGACGUAGUGAUCCCCAAAGGCAUGAAAAUCAACGUGCCGGCAUUCGCCAUCCACCGGGAUGAACGGUUUUAUCCUGAUCCGGACGUGUUCAAUCCAGAUCGAUUUCACCCAGCAGAAGCUGCCAAAAGACAUAUUUGCACCUUUAUACCGUUUGGGGAAGGUCCUCGCAUCUGCAUCGGGCUACGCUUCGGAAUGAUGCAAUCCAGAGUGGGUUUAGCCACCAUCCUCAGCAAAUUCCGUAUUAGCACUUGCUCGGAAACGCCGAACCCGCUGGAGUAUUCGAGUAAAACUUCCGUUCUGAUACCGAAAGAAGGGCUAUGGCUACGAGUCGACCCAUUAUAAAAUCAGUCAUCGCCUAGGUCAUCGCACAACUAUUCCGAUAUGCAACAAUAAAGAGUCAUAAACUGUAAA